UAAACAUUAUUUAUUCCUCUCUCUUUCUCUCUCUCCACCUCUCCGUUUAUAUUAACCCUAAUACUAUUGUCAUUCUCAAAAAAAAAGUUUUAUAAAGGUUCUCAAUUCAAGUUCUCUUCUCUAAACAACCCAAACCAUGGCCUCUGCAGACAAACUCAUAAACACAGAUGUCCCUGAAAAGGACGUUUUUGCCCUCCACUUUCUCCGAUCCCUCUCAAAUCUCAGAACACAAAACCCUUUAAAUUCUCCGGACAAAUCAAUAGAUCGUGUGAGAAAGAUCAAGAAGGCUGCGUACGUUUCCAUGGCCAGAGCAGCCGGAGGGAAUAGCCGGCUAUGGAGCAGAGCCCUCUUGCGCCGAGCCGCCAAAGAUGACAACAAGAGCGUAAGAUUUUCAAGGAGGAAGAGGAAGGUGACAUGGAAGAUAUCAUCAAAACGGAGGAGGAGUAACCAGAGAGCUCCGGUGGUGGAGGAGGCGGCGGAGAGGCUGAGGAAUCUUGUUCCGGGAGGCGGAGGAAUGGAAACGUCAAAGCUGAUGGAAGAGACGGCUCAUUACAUCAAGUGCCUUAGUAUGCAGGUCAAGGUCAUGCAGUGCCUCGUUGAUGGUUUAUCUCAGAAAUGAUCAUCAUUUAAUCAUCAUCAUCAUCAAUUCAUCAUCAGUGAUUGAUGUAUAUAGAGAUCAUACAACACAUACAUGAUACAUAGUAUUGGAUUGGGGUAAUCAUAACACAUAGAUACGUGUAUAUAUACAUAUAUAUAUAUAUAUAUACAUACGUGUAAGAUAGGAUACAUAUAUGAAAUGUGUGGAUAUGUAUGUCUCGAAGUAACGAAAGAUUUUUUUUCUUUUUCUUUUCUUGAAUUUUGAUAAAUGGGGAUUUAUUAUUUAUCAUAUGCUAUGGCCGGUUUAAACA